GUCAUUGGCUUUUAUUUUAAUGCUACUAAAUUGCCUUGUCAGUAUUUAACGAGUUAAGAUUUUAAUCCGCAGAUGUUUUUACUCGGAGUUUACUCACUUCUGCCUCUUCUGUCAACGUGCUCUGAAGAUGCCAGUGAAGCACGCCCAGCCCAAUCUCAGCCAAUCUCAGGUUUGUGAGCUCAUGAAGAGGCUCUACAAUCUGACAGCUGCAGAAAUGCGCCCACUGCCCAGCUAUGAUGACCAGAAUCUCUAUGUGGCUCCCUGUGAGGGUGGAGAGUUCGUCCUAAAGAUCAUGAACUCAGAGGACAGUAAGAACACCACCAUCAUUGAGGUGCAGACCCGUGCAAUGUCCUUUCUCCACCAGAAUGGACUCCCUGUUCAGACGGCUGUGCCCACCGCCUCAGGACAACUCAUGAGUCUGGAAGAAAUGGAUUGUGGAUAUGGCCGUCAGAAGUACCUGGUUCGGCUUAUGACGUAUUUACAUGGAGUGACGAUAUCAAGCGUCCCGUCAACGCCUAAGUUAUUAUAUCAAACCGGCAGGACAGCAGCUACAUUGGAUGAAGUCCUUCAGAAGAUGGAGCACCCUCAUCUCAGCAUCCUGGAGAGGGAGAAUUUCAUCUGGAGCUUGUCAAACGUUUCCCUCUUGAAGGGAUACUUGAAUGUAUUAGAUGGAGAUCCACUUCAGGAGGCUGUGAAAUCUGUCAUUACUCAGUAUGAAGACUAUGUGAUCCCAAAGCGCCCCAAUUUUCGGAAAUGUAUUAAUCAUGGCGACUUUAAUGACCUGAAUGUGCUUGUGCAACCCGAUGACAACCAUGGCUACAAGAUUUCUGGCAUCCUAGACUUUGGUGACAUGAAUAGUGGCUACUACGUCUUCGAACUAGCCAUCACCAUAAUGUACAUGAUGAUUGAGCAUCCGGAUCCCAUCCAGGUCGGUGGGCCUGUCCUCGCCGGCUGGGAAAGUGUCUUCCCCCUCAACCAGGAUGAGAAAGACUGCCUCUAUCUUCUGGUACUCUCCCGAUUCUGCCAGUCGCUGGUCAUGGCUCGAUAUUCUGUGACUUUGCAUCCAGAAAAUGAAGAGUAUCUCAUGAUUACUUCCAGAAAGGGAGUUAAGAUCCUCCAACGAUUCUGGGAGCUAGGAAAGAAGCAUGUGGAGAAGGUGUGGUUUCAGCAUGCUGCGGAGUUCAAUAAGACAAUGAAUAAAGACGUUAAUUAAUUGAAACCUGAUGUUUAAAAAAUUAAACAAUAUUAAAGAAACUCAAAUCAUCAAUAAAAUUGAUGUCAUGCUUUGGUCAUAAUAAUUAUUAAUCAGAAUACCAAUAAAAGGAGGAACAAAUCAGUUGUGUAAAUUGUAUAAUUCAGAUGCCACAUUUCUCUCUUUCAUCUGUAUCUGCUGGUCCUUAAAGCUCAGACUCCAGCUGCAGUCCUCUUUCUGUAAAGCCGUUUCCUAACUUAGAUGUCUUUGCUUCCCAAUCGUCUGCACCUUAAGACUGCAUCACCCCAGUGAGUUUAAAGGAGUCAUGUCAUUUGAAUUUACCAGAUUUUAAAGCAGUGCUACAUAUAAACAUUUCACUGCAGUAAUAAAAGUAAAAGAAACUGUCCAGUUUUAGUGUUUAAUGCAUCUGAAAGGAAUGCCCUGUUUAAUUUCUUUUAAAUGUUUUUGCCUUUAACAUAAAGCCUCCAUAUUGCUCUGGAUUUGAAAUGUUAAAGAGCAGACAUUUAAAUUGUGAAAGAGAAAAGCUAAUCAAAUGCAUGUGUUUAUGUGAAGAAUUUAUUUUCCUUUUGUAUUUCUUAAUAUGAAGUAGCAAAUGCUGUAAUCACUGCUACAGAAUCGGUCUCAGGAUUAAAAAUCCCUUCAAUGUUUUAUACGCAAAACAAACCACUUUUUUUCUUUUUAGUUAUGUUUGUUCUUGCAAGAAAUUUAGAAGUUAAAUUUAAGGCUUCAAAAGCUCUUAAAAAAGUAGCUAAAACUUAUUUUUUUAUCUUCACAUUUUUCUCGUGUAUGUAUAAGAUGCUUUCUGUUUUUUUCACUGUACUGUAUUUUGACCUACUUUUAAUCUAAAGCAGCUAGAUAUGAAAGAUAAGGUGCUUAAAUAGGAGAUAAAGGUUGACUUUUUAUCUAAGAUCAUCUAUUCAUUAGGUAAAACUUUAAGGUAGAGUUUAACUUAACUCAUUUAACUUUUCCUUUGG